ACGAUUCCCACAACUCCAACAGCCAAGUCAAAGCAAUGGCACCGCAAGCAAACGUCCCGAGGCGACAACAGCCACGCAUCACAGAAUCUCGCGUCACCAGGAUUCUUAAGCAGCGUGCGCGGGCACCCGAGUUUAAAAAGAUCAAUGUCAAGAAAUUCCUCCCCGCGUUCUUGCAGAGAAGGACCAAUCCUGGGAGAUUCGGCAUCCGUCCGAUGGAGUGGCACGUCGUGACUCUGCCAGAAAAUCGGGGGUUCCGCCCGCUCCAACAAGAUCCACUGACGAAGGUGUCGUACGGGUACACGAAAAUUCGAAGCAAGGAUGGCAAGAUUGAGGAAGAACUGUUCACUGCCAUCGUGCCAGACCUACCUUUCAGCACUUGGUGCCCGGAAGGAAGCUUCAAGCUGAGCGAGCAGGUCGAGUUGAUCACCUGGAAGCCGAGUGGCUCCACCCUGUACCGAGAUUCGGCUGCGGCGAAGCACAGCGUCAAACUUCCAAGGGGGGCAAGCAUUGCAGGAGAUUCCUGGGGCGCAUUCGCGGCGCAGGUUGCAAGCGGCAGCAGCUUCGACAUGACGCAACUCCGGACGGCGCUGGAAAAAUUUGAACGCACACCCUCGCCGCUCGGGCCGCAUGGAGCGAGCGGCAGCAGCUUCGACAUGACGGAACUCCAGUUAGAGGUGGAAAAGAUACAACGCACACCCUCGCCGCUCGCGUCUGGCGACUGGGAAGAAGCCCAGGGAAUGGGCGACGACGAGGAGAUGACUUGAGGUCAGCACAGUCCAGGAAGUGGAGGUGGUGUGGGAUGGGAGGGUGCAAGUGGCCGGGUGCGCGAGCUUCGGCGUCCAUUCUAAUGGUUCUCAUUGGCUGCUGGCGUUGCGGUGGGCAGAGUUUUGCUUUUCGAUUGUGCGAGCUUCGGUGUUCAUUCGAAUGAUUAUCAUAGGCUGUUGGGUUUUGGACGCGGUGGGCGGGCUUUUGCUUUUGGAGGUUGUUGGUUGGACGCAAGAUAGUGCACAGUACACAUAUACAAUUCUGCUUUCACUUUCAAAGUGAUGUCUCUGGCACAUCGUAG